ACCAGUAAAUUACUUGCAGCCUGUAUCCAGAAUCAUGACUACAGAAAAAAACCAGGAUCAUAUCACCAACCAGAACCCCAAGUUUCACAUGCCUGAGAAUCUGAAAGAAAAAAAGGAAAAUCUUCUACUCAACUCUGAGAGGCCUACUAGGGUCCUAACGAAAACCAGCCACUCACAAGGAGAGGAUCAACCUUUCAAUAAGACCACAGGGUCACCAACAAAUAAGUUGAUUGAAAAACAUCAAGGAGCUAAAACUGUCUUCAAGAAGUUCGGCAGAAUGAAUUGGCCACUGGACACUCGCCCUUUAAACAAAAGUUUAGUCAAAGACGACAAAUGGAAGAAAACUGAUGAGACCCAAGAGAAGCGCAGGUCUUUCCUUCAGGAGUUUUGCAAGAAGUAUAGUGGAAUGAGUCGUCCUCAAUCACAGCUGUUUCAUAUGGUAUCCAGAAUCUAUGUGGAAGAUAAACACAAAGUCUUAUAUUGCGAGGUACCGAAGGCUGGCUGUUCCAAUUGGAAAAGAAUUCUGAUGGUACUGAAUGGAUUGGCUUCCUCUGCAUAUAACAUCUCCCACGACACCGUCCACUACGGGAAGCAUUUGAAAAAGCUAGAUAGCUUUGACUUAAAAGGGAUAUAUACUCGCUUAAAUACCUACACCAAAGCUGUGUUUGUUCGUGAUCCCAUGGAAAGAUUAGUGUCGGCAUUUAGGGACAAAUUUGAACACCCCAAUAGUUAUUACCACCCAGUAUUUGGAAAGGCAAUUAUAAAGAAAUAUCGACCAAAUGCCUGUGAAGAAGCAUUAAUUAAUGGAUCUGGAGUCAAAUUCAAAGAGUUUGUCCACUAUUUGUUGGAUUCCCACCGUCCAGUAGGAAUGGACAUCCACUGGGAAAAGGUCAGCAAACUCUGCUAUCCAUGUCUGAUCAACUAUGAUUUUAUAGGGAAAUUUGAAACUUUGGAAGAAGAUGCCAAUUACUUUUUACAGCUGAUUGGUGCUCCAAAAGAGCUGAAAUUUCCCAAUUUUAAGGAUAGGCACUCUUCUGAUGAAAGAACCAGUACUCAAGUCGUGAGACAGUAUUUAAAGGAUCUAACUAGAACUGAGAGACACUUAAUCUAUGAUUUUUAUUACUUGGACUAUUUGAUGUUUAAUUACACAACUCCAUUUUUGUAGACUGCAUUCAUUUUGUAAAAUCACAGUAUUCAUGAUGAUGGGCUCAAAUCAGCUACUGUAAUAUUCCUAUAAUUCUCUAUAUGAGAGAAAUUUAACCAAGCGCAGUUGUCCUGAUUUAAUGAAGAUGUUUACCAAAUAAUGUGAUACCAAUUGGCACACAGUUAUAAGGAAAAUCACCUAGCGAAGACAUGUAAACAACUUGAGUUGCUCUAAAAUGUUUGGAAAAGAGCUGCUUUUGCAUUAUGGAUUAUAUUGUCGAAGUAAUAACCUAGCCAGCUGUUAUAUUAACUAAAACAGCCUCUUGGAAUGAUAGGAAAAGGAUCUAAAAUAGCAUGAGUGUGUCUAUAUCCUGGAAUUUAUUGUCUAAAGUGCAUGAAUAUAUUUUUAGCAGUCUGUGGCACAUUAAUCAAACCAUGGAUAGUUUUCUUACAAGCUGGAAAUCUUUUUAUCAACUGUAAUGAUAAAUCCAUUUUGAAAUGAUAUUUUGCACUUAGGCAUUUUACUUUAGGUUGGAAGGCAUGAUAUGAUUUACAAUAUGAGAAUAUAGCAGAAAAACCAGAUGAGUCUAUGGCUUUUUAUAUUCAACAGCCAAUAAAAAAUGCACAACAUGCUAAGAUCAAAGCAACAAAAGCUACCUCCCUCUUACAGAAAAACUUAGGGGAAUUGAUUCUGUUUUUGUUUGAGCCCUCCACAAAGAGAAAAAAUAAAUACAACCACUAAAGGUCUUCAUUUCUGAAGCAGGCGGUUGAGAAGUUUAAGUCUCAUCAGAUAUAAAUGUGCUCCUAAUUCUGGUUUAAUUGGGCAGGGGGGAAAUUGUUUCAGGAUGGAAUAAUCAUCAAAAACAAAAGUUGCCAUUCUGAAUAUAGACCCCAAACAAUAACAAAGUUUUAUAAGAAUAUUAUUUGAAUCAAAGCAUCAUGUGCAUAGCUUUGUAUGUGAAAUACACCCUGUGAAUUUCUUUUGUUUUCAGUUUAAUUAUUCAGCUUGGGAAUGACUUUUUAAAAACUAAUAUACCACUUCAAAGAUAGGUUACAUUCUAGAGAAUAAACAUAAUAAGAGCCCCUAGAAAUGUUUUUAAUAGGCUUAUGCAUAAGCAAAUUAAGGUAUUUUCUUUUUAAGUUUAAAUAGUCUAUACUAACAAAGUCAAAUACCAUUGCAUUUAAAUAUUAAAUCAAAGUCUUUGGAAAAUAGGACCAUGUGUCACCACUAUGAAAAGUUGUAAAGCAUUUUGGAGAUUUUUUUCCAAGGGAUCCUAAAUUAGUAGACACAUUUGGAUAGGAAACUUAUUUUAAUUGGUCAACCAUUAUAUUUAGUCAAGCAAACCCCAUGUCAUUCAAACCCUGUUUAAAUGGCUACUUUGAAUACAUUUCUCUUCCUAAGCUAUCACUUCUUAUCAGUAAAUAUUGAGUAAUGUCUCUCACAGAAAAGUAGGUGUUCAUAUUUGAAUAUUAAUAGACCGAGAUAUUACAGUCAUGCUUAUUUCAUUCUGAUUUUCCGUUUCAUAGCUGAGUAUUCGUGGAUUGCUUCCCCUUGAUAUGCACCUGCCAUGUCCCAUCUGUGUCUCCUAAGGAGUGAGCAAACUGCAACAGGCUAAGAGAUCAUAGUAUUAAGCCUCCUAAACCAACUUUCCACUGCUUUUCCGUUCCAUUUACUCUUGCCCCUAGACCAUACACUUAAGCUGUGCAAUUUAUUUUAAAGGAGUUUCACUGUAGAGUAAUCUAAAUUAUAUAAUUUAAAAUUUUGCUAUCCUAUGUGGAGUGGAUUCCUAUCAACUUAUGGACAUUGAAAUUAUCUUCUUAUGGAGAGAGGGGAAGAAUAGAAAAUAUUCCAAGAAACCUGAAAUUUUAUUCCUAAAAUAAAUAUUUUAUUCCUAUCCUGCUAUAAAGGAUAAAGGCAAUUUUCUCAAAAGUAUUCCUAAAACUAUAUAAGGAACAAACAAAAAACUCCUUUUCAUAGCUUUGGAAAUAAAUAAAUAAA